AAAAUAAUUAUACGAUUACUUUAAAACUAACACUCGUUUUUUGAUUUUCGUGUAAAAAUCCUUCUUUUUUAAGGCUAUUUUUUUUGCCUGCAGGACCAAAGGACCAGAAUCAGGAGCAGAACGAACUUCCUGCUGCCUGAAUGCGCCCGAGUCAAUGCAGCUGGCGCUGCAAAUGUGUGGAAAAAGUCCUGCCACCCCGUUUUCAGCAUGCGAGAUUGCAGAUUUCAUAUGCAAAUUUUGCACUUCUUCAGAAAAUUAUUCAAAUUACUUGCGAGCGACAAGCGCUGCUCUCUCGCCACCAGUCCUUGCUGGCUGCCUUUCGUCCUGCCGUCGAUUGCAUAUAAACAAAACACCUUUCCGUUGGCCAAACAAGUCGACAGCCUUGGCCGCUUGACAGCCUCCCAUCGAUGGGCGAUGGCAAAUCUUUGCUCCGCGCCGGAAACGGAAAUGGAAAGGAGGAGGAAGCAGGAGAAGAGUAAAUGUUGAAAAUGCUGGCCCAUCAAUCAGCCAAACUGGCAAACUGGCAAACUGGCGAAAUGGCAAAAUGGCGGUUCGGGCUCUAUGGCUGGUAAUCCGCGUAAUAUUAUUAAAUAAUUAACACGCGUUACUGCCCUUGUUUAUGACAGCUUAGCGACCGGAAGUGAUGGCGCCCAGACUUUUGUCUUCCAGGAUUUACCCAUCAAAAGAUAAACGCAAUUACCGAGCAGUUUUCUGAGCAUUUUGGAGCCGCACAAAAGACAAAGCCUUUGCGGCGCGGCGAAACAUGCAAAUUAGCGUGCCAGCGAACGAGUUAAAGUUCGCUUUUGAAGGGAAUUUGCAUAUUUAAAUGGCAUUUUCGCCAGACACUUGACAGUCUAACUGGCAGUUGACAACAUUCAGUGGGUCCUGGGUUUGGGUCCUGCUGCUCAUGCUGCUCAUGCUGCUCCUGCUCAUGCUCCUUGAUCCUGUCACUCCGGUGACAGUCGGUGCCUCGUCACGUUUCUGUUGGCUCAUAAAAGUGAGAUUGAAUUUUGAACGGGUGGCCCACGAAAGUCGAAAGUCCCUUUCCACGUUUCUGAUUCGCAAUCGCCCUAACUUUCUGCCAUCCCGGGUGUCUGUGCUUAAUAGGCCACAUGAACUUGAACCCCGCCACGAUGAGAUGAUGAUGAUGAUGAUGUGGAUGAUUCAUGAUGAUGAUGACACCUCCGACGAGGAUGCGAGAUUGUUGCACACGCGCAGGGAUACAAAAGCCAAAGCCAAAGUUAAAGUGAAUGUGAAAGUGAAAGAGAAAGUGUGCCUGAAAGUUUCUGGCCAAGGCGGAAGUCAUUAACGUGUGUUCGGAGUCGAUUAAGUGUGUGUCAUGCGUGUGUGUUUGCUGGAAUUUUAUUUAUAGCCACUCAUCAGCGGACUUUGCCCCACUGUGCAUAAUGGGGAGCUGUGGCGGAUUUAUUUCACGGCCCGCGGCGAUUUAAUCAGCCGGUUCGAAGGGGUUUAAAGUCACUGAGAAAAGGUUUACAUUUCGAGCCUCUAAGUGGAUGUCUGUCUGGAUAAUGAGAAUAAAAUAGCAGAAGCACGCGCUAGAGGUGGAAUGGAAAAUCUGCGAAAUAUGUGUAUGCUUUUGAGUAAUUUUAUUUCACUGACCACAUAAAUCACUUGCAGUUGCGAACUAGUUUGACCAGCGUUUUUGGCCAGUGAUAUACCUGAAUUAAUGGCCAUCAAUCAAUGUUGAAAAUGCUGAAAUUGUCAUUUCCCCGCUGAGCGGUUUGCAAGCCCGAGUUCACCUGAAAACCCCAGAGCAUAACCGAAAAAUCGAGGACGAGCGCACAAAUCAAUUGGCAUUCAGAUUCUGAGCAGACAGUCGGGAUGUUUGAUUGACACCACGCUAAUUGGCGACUAUUCGGGUUGUCCCUAAUGCCAGGAUUAGCAGGAAACCACGUGUGCACGUGUCUAUGGCCAUUUCAUGCAUCCUUGUGGGUGGAGUUAUGGACCGAAAAGAUCUAACAUUCCGCCAUUUGGGAGAAAAGUAUGUGAAAAAAUGGCCAAAACAUGAAUUUCUAUACUUUUUUAAACUUAUAUUUAAGCUCCCAAUCAGUUAGCAUGGAAAAAUGGAAAAAAAAAAUGUUGGUUAUUUUUGAAAAACGUACCCCUUACAAAAAAAGUGAAAAAUUCAAAAAAAAAAAUUUUUUUUCAAAAAGUGAUGCAUAUUUAUAGCCUGUGCUAUAGCUAAUAAAAAAAGUAUUUCCCUCCAUUUAAAACAAUUUUUAAUUGGGAAAAAUCCUUUUUUUAGGAACUUUUGCCUCAUAAAGGGAAUCAACUGUUUCAUCUGCUGAUUACAUUCAUUUCGACCAACUAACUAACUUGUCUAGUGAUUGGAAGCUGGCAGUAUUGGAGCAAAGCCAACGCAAAUGCAAGACGACAUUAUCCGCUUUGCCCCAAAAGUCGACUUAAAUCCGUGGCGCUAAACACGCAACUGCAGAAAAUCAUGUUGUAGAAACUCAGGGCAUAGUUUGUUGGCCAAAUAAAUCACGCAGCCAAGCCACCGAAAUCCAGGCAAUCGACGAGGACAACAAAGUCAAAGCCAAGGAAUGGGAAUAGAAAUGGGAAUGGGAAUGGGAAUGCACGCAAUGAUAAAUCGAAAAUAUUUUCACUUGUUUACACAAAACAAUUCGGAGCGACAGACAAUCGGAAUGAAAGCUUGACAAAAAUGUCCAACAUCUUCCCCAAGUUUUCCAUUUGACCAGCACUCAAUAAAAAGUAACACAGACUCCUCCAACCGCCAGUGGUUGGCACUUACACUGGGAGAAAACUACAGACCAGGGGUCAAAGAAAACCAAAAAAAAUUUGGAAAAUUUAAAUUUUACUUAUAAAUAACACGGUAUUGAACCUUUUAAUGGAAAAUAUGUUAAAUAGUGCGAGAAACAUGAUUUCCAUUUCUGAGCAUUUCAAGUACUGUACCCUUGUUUUUCCGACUGGAGCAGCUCCUUUUAAUGAACGAACAAACAGCAGAGCCAACGGAGGAUUACGCUGCCAAUGGACAGUGACUGCACCAUCCCGCGCCAUCCCGAGUCGAGUUGAGUAAACAAGUGGCGCGUCCUUGUCCACUUAUAGUCCUGCCACCCCCCUCCUGCACUUGCCCCUUCGAGUGUUAAUUGUGUGCGUGAUUUAAGCUUUGGCGGGGCAGGGGAGCCAGUCGAGAUCCGGAGCCACCCACCCGACCAUUUCGAGUAAUUGCUUUUUGAUUGAGUUCAAUGCUGCGGAGGCUUUCCUCUGCGCUAACUUAAAUUUGAAUGUCCAAUUUAAUUGCAGCCGUCGAACGAAGCGCAUCCAGGCAUUUUUUUUGCUCCAAAGUCGAGCCAUGUUCUAUCCACUGGAACUGCCCAGAGUGCGUCGUCCUCUUUACAGGGAUUAUGGCGGCAAAUCGGGACUCAUCCAGACGCAGCAGGUUGCCAGGAAGGGCAGGCGUUUGGGUAAACUAUGGCACUUUAUGCUGCCAUAUCUCAAGGACUACGCAGCGGAGUCCUCCGUGCACGGCAUACGAUAUCUGGCCGAUCCCAAGAUGAGAAAGUUCGAGCGGGUAAUUUGGCUGCUGAUUCUGGUGGCCACCAGCAUAGGUGCCAUAGUGGUUUACGUGGACCUCAAUGAACUGUACCAAACGGUGCGCAUACAGACCACCAUUAAGAACACGAUGCUCCCGAUUUUCCGCAUACCAUUUCCCUCGAUUGGAUUCUGUCCCAGGAACCGGCUGAACUGGAGGGCACUGGAGAACGAGGCAGUUCAUCACUUCCUGGGCGCCAACGUGUCUGCUGCCCAGAAGGACGUCUUCGUAAAGUUCUUCACUGCGGCAGGCGAUCCACACUUGUCACGCCUGAAUGAAAUGUCCAACUUCUUUAUGAACAAAACUCUGACUGAUGAGCUGCACAUGCUAGACCAUCUAGACCUUCGCGAGGUUUAUAAAUUCAUUCAGUUUAAGUGCCAGGACUUGUUUCACAUCUGCCGCUGGCGGGGCAACGAAGUAAACUGUUGCGAGGUCAUUGAGUAUCAGUUUACAGAGGCCGGAUUGUGUUUUGUCUUCAACACGGAGAUCAGUCCGGCAUCGCGACAAAAAGCUAAGGAGGAUAAAUACUAUCCACUGCGCACGCCGCAUUAUGGUGAAGGCACUGGCCUGGAUGUCUUCAUCCGACUCAACAGGUCCUACAUUCGUCCUGGGAAGCGGGGCAUCAAUGUGAUGAUCAAGCAGCCGCAGCAGUGGAGCGACGUGGUGCGCCAUGUGCCACAUGAAGCCCACACCAGGAUCAGCAUAACUCCCCGAUUCACGGUCACGGACGAACGAACCCGGUCGGUGACGCCGGAGGUCAGGAGAUGCAUCUUUGGCGAUGAGGUCGACAAUCCGCAGUACAAGAACUUCCCGGACUUCCAAUACUGGGUGGGGAACUGCCGGAGCAGGUGCCAUCAGGAACAUGUCAUCAAUCUGUGCCAGUGCUCUCCUUCCAUAUUUUUUCCCGUCUCUGAUAAAGAUAACUUUACUAUUUGCAAAGCCUCGGACUUCAAGUGCCUGUACGAAAACAGAAUUACCUUCAGCAUUGAACGGCAUCCCGAGGAGGACGACUUUGUUAGGAAUCCUUUCAAGGAGAGCAUGAUCUGUGACUGCUUUACCAGCUGCUCUCAGCUAGUUUUCGACCGGGUUUACACCACCACCACGCUAGAUAAUAAUGAAACGGACACCGAGGCGGGUACAAUGCGCCUGGAUAUUUUCUUCCAGUCCGGUUGGUUUAUCCAGUAUCAAACUGUCAUGAGAUUUACCUUUGUGGAACUACUGGCUAGCUUUGGUGGCAUAAUCGGCUUGUUUCUAGGCGCCUCCUUACUGAGCGCCUUUGAAUUGGCCUACUACUUCUCAAUUGGGCUCUAUUUGUACAUUCAUGGCAAGAGAAAGUUAAAGAAGCCGGAACCUCACGUUGUAACUAUUCCAUUUGGCCAGAAAAAGAUAACACCCAUUAAGUUUUGACAUUAAACAU